CUCAAAACAAAAGAAUUGGAAUGUGGCAAACUGUCUAAAGAAAUAGAAACUCUACAAGAUCAACUUAAAGAAGUAGAACAAGAGAAACAGGUACUUUUGAAAACAAUAAGGUGUCUGGUAAACUUUUACAGCUUUUAAAACAUGUUCUUUAAUAGAAAACUUUAAAGAAAGUUUAAAAUAUUUUCGGAUUGUAAAAAGCAAUCGCUCUUUUCAUCGCGGGAUAAAUGAUGAUAUAUUGUGUAUAUAUUUUUUGUCUUUAGAAUUUAAAAAAGAAAGUAGACAAAAUGCAGCAAUCCUUCGAAACUGCGAGUCCACGUGGAACAUUGAUCAACAGAUUGUUACAAGAAAGGUACAGAUUGUGCUAGAACUCCCCACCAUCAAGUAGUUUUCUGCUUGCCUGGAAUAGACAUUAGUUUUUUUCCAUAAUUAUACACCGAUUCGAAAAGUGACUUUCGUCCUUUUUUCGUCCUUUUAAGUUUUCUCUUACAUUUUCUCCUCUUGAAAUUAACCACCUUAUAAAAUACUUCAAGACCAACACUUUUAAAAAACAACAUUGAUACCCAAGAGAAGCUCAGAUUGAACCUCGCGAGUGACCUUUUAGAAUACAGGCGAAAGUCUCAGAAACACUUUAAAAUAAGUUUAUGCUAUACUGAUUUAACAAAGAAGACUGACUAGCCUCGCUUUGGUGCUUUUUGCACAUUUCAUAGGGCUAUAAUUCACUUACAUGGAGUUUUUUUCAAGUUUAAACUUUAAACUUUUACACUUUACCGUAAUAAGCAAUCUGUCUUGAAAAAUUUCUUAUUCCCCUGGUAAUACAUAAAUUGGAUUCGGUCUAUAAAUGACAUAUCAAUGGGAUUCGGUCUAUAAAUAGUACAUCGAUUCGUUUUCUUCAAUAAUUGUUUUAUACUUUUAUGUAUAUACCAGUCCUGCUCCUCUUAAACUGGAUGAAACAAUAUUGCUGUCGUCAGACACUGAUGAAAAUAUAGAAUUCGUAGAUUGCAACAGUGAAGAACAACG